GGUUGUUUGAGCACUAAGUGCAUCCUUGAUUAAGCUGGAAAAGUCGUGAAUAAUCCCGUCUCUCGCGGUAAGUUUUAUAGGCAACAAACUUAGCCCUCGCUUAAAUAUUGCAGAGAUGAUUCGUGAAAUCAGAAAUUUCUUUUCUCAACGAUCGAGGCAAGUGUUUUUAUUAGAGACGUGAUUUUCCAGCAAUUUUCCAACGAUUUUGGAGCUAGCUCACAUGCAUGCGUAAAACUGUUGUUGAAAUUCACGCUACAAACGAUCUAUGUAAACUUAGAUUCUUAAAAUCGUAAACCAGGGGUCUAAUGCAUAUUAUAUGCCGGUAAUUUAUGCUGAUCCGAAAUACUGCGGUCGAUUUGACUCUUGUACUUUCAAUUUUGCUCAACGCAAUGAAUUAAUCGCGUCGCGUCGAUUUGCUGUCUGUAAUAUGGCGCGUUCGGUUUCAAAAACAUGGGAAACAUAUGUUAUUGGUCACAAUCACUGUAGCGGGAAAUCAAACUGAGUAUCUGAUUUUCACCAGAAUUACUCAAUGUUGCCUCACAUUGUCAAAUUAAGUGGUAACUACAAGCGGUUUCCAAUGACAGUUCUCAUCUUCUGUUGAUUUACACAAAGAUUUUGAUUUGUUGUUCCAGAGUGGGUAUCCUUAACGCAAGUAGGUAUUGAUUCUGGUGGGUUUAUGUACUUCUUUGAUUUUUCUUACUAGCAAGUACAGGUUAUGUAAUUUGUUUUGGUAACAUUUUUACGAUUAAAACAAUUUCUUUUCAUUCAUAGCCAAUUUAACUGUCAGCUUUAAUGUGCAUGUGAUUUUAAUUAAAUUCUUUCUUGCUACAGCGUAUGAACAUGCUUCACUGUAUAGCCUAUUAUCUGUGUUCUUUUGACUGCAUUCUGGAAAAAAAGUCUUAUUAAACAUAGAUUUAACUAUCCAUACACUAUAGCACAUCAGAUAUUCCAGCAUGAAUGCAAUUGGUUUAGAAACGCAAUUUAACAGAGUAUUCCCCAGUCAGAGUUGUACAAUACCACUAUGGAGUAUGUAAACAAUAGCCUCUACUUAGGGCAAAAAUGUGCACUGAUAUUUUCCCAGGGACAUUUUCUGUUCCAAGAUGUGAGCUGCUUUCCAAGAGUGAAGCUCGAGGAAAACUGUGAGCUUUGAGGAAUAGAUAAUUUCCAAGAACAAAUGUACAAGCAUAUUUUUGCACCAAAUGAAGGUUGUUGUGGUUAUUAUCCUUCAAAGGUGCAGGAAAAAAUGUUAGCGAACAGCUAACGGCUUAUGGUGUCUGAUGGUUACUUUUCGUUGUUCUCUAGUAUGAUUAUGAACAAAUUAAUAUGUUCUUUCUUCUGUAACAACCUCACAAUGCUUUCUCAUCUUGAAUGAAAGUGAAAUGCAGAAUUUUCUGUAUUAGACGCAAGGUUUCAAAAUUGUGGAAUAUGACGUGGGGUAUAUCCCGGGGUAUAUCCUUGGAUAUCUCCAGUUUUAGGUGGGGGAUAUUCAGUCAUGUGAUGCAUUUUGAACAAUUGGGCUCAAGCAAAAAUAAUUUUUUUGAUUAUUACUGGUGAUAUUCCUGCAGUGAUCUUUCCCAAUUUCCAAUCCUGGCAUCUAAUGCACCAAUUGUCUUCCAUUAGGAGUGGUUUCAAAUUAGUAGAAGGUUUUGUUGUUGAUACAGAAAAGAAAUAAAAUUGUUUUUUAUAAUUAUGGUCACCCAGAAAAGUCAACAUCUCUUUUAUAGGGUAAGGUAUUUUGAACAUUUUGUACUGUAUGCUCUUAAAAAAAAAUGCAUUUACAGAUUAUAAACACAGUAGCCACUAUUUGCAAAAAUAAAAAUAAUGCUAACAAUUUUCUUUGAGUUUCACUAUAGGAAAACUGUUCAAGCUUCUUGUAGCUGAUAAUGUUAGUGGACAAAUAUCCUAGCAUGUUUUGACACCAAAUUGUGACUGUGUUGAAUCUCUGAUUUAUAAUUACUGUAUACAAAACUACUGAUGGACAGGAAUAUUUAAUUAAUUUAACCCCUUUCAUCCAUCUACAUUUCCUGAUGAUGCUGUAGAUCAGCAAAAGCUUGGAAAACUAAAUUAUUGUAGCAUACCUGGCCUCACUUGAUUUACAGGUCUGACUCUAUUUAUUGUUCCAGGUCAUUACAUGCAUGACAGGCAGUGAUCAUGGCAUUGUAGAGAAGAAGAUUUAGGAUGAAGUAAUGAUGGACAGAGAUCUUGCGACUCGCAAACGAAAGAAAAGUAUAGAGGAUGUUGCUAGGAAUGCAAAGAAAUCAUUGAAAAAUGGAUCAGGUAAGGUCAAGGGUUAUGUUGUCAUUUUAGCUGCCUAGUAGCUCAUGUUGUAGAGUGCCAGACGGUUGUGGGGGAGGUUAACCCUUUAACUCCCAAUAUCUUAUCGGUAGUUCUCCUUACUGUCUGCCUUACAGUUCAUAUGAUGUUAAUAUGGAGAAUUUGGAAUUGGAUCAACUAAUAAUCUCCUGAUUGGUAUUUUUCUUUAUUCUCAUUACUUGUCUGCUUGAUAUUGUACUGAUAGUGUAAGGAGAAAUUCUGUCUUGAUCAAUAGUAGGACUUCAAGGGUUAAGGGAUCCAUCCCAGACUGGUGCAACACUCAGGGUCUUAAAAUAUACUGUAACUGAGGAGAAAGUGCUGCCUUUGCUUUUACAUCUGAAAAUGGUUUCAUGUUCUAGUAUUUUUGGAUGAGGACAAUGAUGUAUACAGUACAUGUAGUUCCCUCUCUCCCUUAUUCUCUCUGUACUGGUUAGUAAGGGAAGUUAAGGAACCCACUCACAUCUCCCAGAGAGUAGGAAACCUAGUUCGUGGUGUUGUGGUCUGUCGUUGUUCGUAAAAGUGGGGGCAGCUGCAUAAUUGUAAGCUGCUCAACUUAGCCUGGUCAAAGUCCCCCUUCAAGGUGUUGUAAAGCAUAUAGGAACAUACAGCAAGUCCUGUUUAGAAUGAAAAUAUUUGCAUACAUGCAGGCAGUUUUUGUGUCAUGAAGCUGGGUGUCAAGUGGUUUAUCUUCGUCUAUUGUUUUGCCUGCUUGAAAUAAAUAGUUUCCUCAGAAAUGCACUCAAGAUCCUGGAAAAGUUCUCUGAGCCUCUUAAUCCUUGAUUCUCAAUACUUGAGCCUUGGGUAACGAUUCUCGAUAGUUUUAAGUAUAGAGGAUCAAGUUUCAAGUCAAGACUGUCAACUUACUUUUGAGUGGUGCUGUAAGCAUGGAUAGUGCUCCACAUGUAAAUAAAUGCUACAUCAUCAUCAUCAUCAUCAUCAUCAUCAUCAUUAUCAUCAUCAUCAUCAUCAUCAGAAAUGACUGGACCUUCUGAAAAAUGUCAUUUUGAAUUAUAAAUUGUAAGAUAUUAGAGAGCUUCGAAAAUUUAAACUAGCACCAAAAGGGGGAAAAACUUGUACCCAGUUAAUCCAUUAUACAUGUAUAUGGUCCAUUUAUACAAGUUGUAUCUAGAAUGUGAAAGCUUCAUAGGGAACUGUGAAACACAGUUUGGCUGCUGGCUUUGCAACCAAAAAAAUCCAGCUUAGAGAACUGCUGUAGUUGUGCACAACUUUACUAUUCAUUGUGAAUUUUGGGUGGAUUUUACCCAUUGAACCUUGGUGUGACUAGCUUCUAAUUUCUCCCGCAGUUUCACUUGUGAAUCAAAAAAGGAAGGUCAUGAGAAUUAAGGAAAUGAUUGCCAUUAAAAGAAGCUUUUGUUAAAUUAAUUCUCCUUUCUGGAUCUGCAGGAAAUGUAUGAAGAACAGGGUGGAGUAUAUAGAUACUGAUGUCAGGGUGUAAAGGGCGAAGGUCAUACUGUCAUAGCAGUGAUAUGUAUGUCAUUCUUUAUUACAGGGUCAGAUGAAGAAGAUGAAGAGCUCUUUUCCUGGGAAGAAUAUUUAAAAAAGUAUCAUGCUAAGGCUGUUCCUAAGGAAACAUUUAAACAUGUAAGCAUUAAUACAUGUAGAUGUACAUGUAAUUGUAAAUGCUUUUUCAUUUUCACUGCAUGUACUAGACACAACCUAUUAACCCUUUUACUCUCAAGAUCUCAUCAGUAAUUCUCCUUACUAUCUGCCAUACAACUCAUAUGAUGUUCCUUUGGAGAAUUUGGUAUUGGAUCAACUAAAAAUCCCCUUAUGGCUACUUUUCUUUAUUCUCAUCACUUAUCUGCUUGAUAUUGCAUUGACAUUCUAAGGAGAACUUCUCUCUUCGUCACUCAUGGGAGUUAAAGGGUUAAAUGAAGAAUAGAUAAGCCUGAUAUCCACCCAAAAGAAGGAAUGUGAUAGGUCUGAGUGUGCUUCCUGCAGGGUUGAAAACCCUCUUUGUCUCCAUGGUUACAGGGUUUUCUUGGAGCAAUAUACAGUUCAGCAAGGGAACAUUAAUUAGUCAAAGGAGAAUACUCUUUAUGUCUGAAUAGAAUAUAACUCACUUCAUGAGAAUUUAGUCAGAAAAUUCCAUAUAAAUGCAGGAGAUUUCUCCUAUCUCUGUAGCUUUGUGAUCACUUAGCUACUUGUGGAGAAAAAAAGUGGAAGUUAACUUUUUUCCUUGACAUGUAUUUACAUUUAUUUUGCUCCAGGUACAAGACACAAAAGUCCAAGGGUUUGUUCCUGGUAUGAAGUUGGAAUCCAUGGAUCGUACAUCAUUAGAGGCUGAUACCUACUGGGUAGCUACAGUUGUCAUGGCAUCUGGACCACUGCUUCUGUUGCGGUAUGAUGGCUACGAUGAUGAUCGCAGUGGAGACUUCUGGUGUGAUGCAGCAUCUGAUGAUCUUCAACCUGUUGGCUGGUGUGCAAGAAAUAAUCACAUACUUAUCCCUCCUGCAGGUAUAUGAAUAACUGAAAUGUUCACAGUGUACAGUGUUCAGUGAUGUCUGCAUUCAAUUCUGACUCAUGUGCGCAUCAGAGCUUACUGUGGUUCCUGUUAUUGAUAACAGUAAACUCAUUUGGAAGCAAUUUUUAACAAAAUAUAAAAAAAGUUUUCUGUUUUUGCUGCAGAUUGAACAAAUUAAUGGGAAUUUCAAUGUGCAUUAUAAUCUUUCCUACCUUAAGAACUCAAUAGCCAUUUAAUUCUCAGGAGUGACCAAGACAAAAUUGCUCCUUACAAUAUUAAUACAAUAUCAAGCAGAUAAGUGAUGAGAAUAAAGAAAUAUAUAAUGUAAGGUAGUUGAUUCAGUUAGUUGAUCCAAUGCCAAAUUCUCCUGACUAACAUUAGAAGAAUUGUAUGGCAGAUAGUAAGGAGAAUUACUAUGAUUGAGAUCUUGGGAUUGAGGUGGUUAAUAGACAAGAUGGUUUUGUCAUGAGUGCAAAAAAAGCACAGAAGGAAAAAAAAUGAGACAAGUUUUUCUCCUACUGGGGACUAGCAUUUAAAUUCUGGUUGUAACCAAUCAAUCUUCAGUUACAAUGUUCACAAUUUGGAAUGCAAAAAACUUGAACUUCUGUUCCUAAAAAUAUAUUAAACAUUAUAAACUGUUAUAAUGAUUUCAAAAGGGCAUUGUUAAUGUAUAAAUAUUAUUAUAUAGCCAUCAGGCAUAAGGAGUCAAACUGGGCCAAGUUUCUGAAGCAAGAUCUGGAAGGGGCUGUCUGUGCACCGGCUCAUUUGUUCCACAGGGUAGGUAACCAACUAAAUUGCUGGGCAUCUUGGACUUCAUUGUGUGCCAGGUUUUUCAUUAUGAAAUUGAACAUGCCUCACAAAUUAUUUUUAUCUUCAGUCAUGUUGCUGAAAUGUCACCAUAAUUAUGCACUUUGCUCUUCAAUGUUCAAUGGUACAUGAAGCUCAUGUUUUUAAUUUUUGAUUAUUAAAAUUGAAUUUGGGGCAACAUUAUGAAGAUGAGCACUAUGUAAGCCAUUCUAUUUUCUGAUGUUUUGUUAAGUGAAAUAGAGUAUUAUACUAAUUAGAUUUGUUUCAAACCAUUUGAAUUUAUCAUUGGCCAAUUGUACUUGUUAACCAUUUAACUCCCAUGAGUAAUCAAGAGAGAAUUUCUCCUUACAAUAUCAAUACAAUUUCAAGCAAACAAGUGAUGAGAAUAAAAAAUAUUAACUUAGAAUCCCCUAAUCAAUCAGGGAAUUAUUAGUUGAUUCAAUACCAAAUUCUCUAAACCUACAUCUUAGAAUUGUACAGCAGACAGUAAGGAGUAUUACUACACGUAAUUUGUUCAUGGAAAUAAAAAAGUUGCUGCAAUAGUUACAGAUGUGCCUGGGUGUGUUUUCAGAGAUCAAAUCCAGAUGAAGAAAAUCAGCUGAAGCCAGGAUUGAAGUUAGAGGUGCUGCACAAGAAUGAUCCACUCAGUUACUGGGUUGCGUCAGUGGUAGAUUCCUAUGGUUUGAGACUAAGAUUACGACUAGAAGGAUCGGAAGAUGAAGCCAAUGAUGUUUGGGUUUAUUUCCUGUCAGACACUGUUCACCAACUUGGUUGGGGGAAGAAAAAGAAGUUGAGACUCAACAUUCCUCCUGGUAAGUACUGUGCAUGUGCCUGCCUGAAAAUGCCAACUCUCUUACUGUUUUUCAACCAGUGCUGAAGAGUAUGAGGCCAAGAUGCCACAGUAUUUCUUAUAUGAACUGCAGCUUGUGCAUCAGUCAAGUAUGAUUCCCAUUUUUUACAUGUGAGCACCAUUUACUGUAGAUUGUGUGUGAAACAUACAAGUACAAGACUCUCAAUUGACUUUAAGAUGUAUGUAAAUUACAUGCGAUCGAUCAGCCUGAAUUUAUCAAAUGCAUGCACGAAAGUGCACGUAGUCAGACUACAAGAGUGUCUGGUUAAAGUUUGACAAAUUUCUCUUUUAUUUGAAAGCAGAAUACUCAUUACCCCAUUCUACUGUUUCUUAGACUGGGGUCUUGUUAACAAACAUGUACUGGGUAUAUUAGGGAUUUGUUUUAUGAGCAUUUCAAUUUAAUUUAUUAAUAAAUUAUUAUGUUAAUAGGAUUGAUUAGGAUUGAUUUUUCAAUGAAUCUCUUUUAUGGAUUUGAUUCAGUAAUUGAUUUUUUUUUCAUUCCAUUGAAGAUCUAAAGACAAGGUAUCCAUCAAAAGACUGGGCACAAAUCAGAGGAAGGCUUCUUGGUAUUUGUAAUAUGACAUCAAAUGACAUGUCACUCAACGAGGCACUAAACAAGGUACACUGUACAGUGUAUACCAUCUUCUCAAUAGAGAUCAUUGUAGAGGAAUUUGAGUUGAGUCUCACAAGUGAUAUGCGAUUGUGUUGGCUUUGCUGUACUGCAAUCUGAUUGGUCAAGAAAUUGUGGGUCACUCUUUCAGCCAACCACAUGAAAAACCAAAACCAGUCAUGACUUUUUCACUUGCAUUUCUGGCACUACAACUAGUUUGCUUGUUUUUAUGUUACGCCUUUCUGUUACACUCUCAAUCUCAUCCGCAGUUGUGAUUACUUGUACUUUGGGUUUUUUUUUUUUUACAACACUUGAUCUGAAAGUGCUUUGCUACCAACUCAAUGAGCUACUCUGUAGAACAGCUUGCUCUAGUGAUGACAAAAUGCAUAAAGCAUAUAUUUAGCAUCAGCAAUGAUUGUUCACCCUGAAUUUCUUGGAUGUUAUGUUGAGGGAGGAUAUGGUUUGAAGAGCCUGAAAGUGGUUGGUGCAUAGAAAUCUCAAUCUCUUUUCGUUAUGGUACCAUAAUGCAGAAUUUGAAAAUUCUAAACCUCUAUGGCAUCAAAAUGUGGUGAGAACAAGAAUGUAGUACAUGAUGUACUUAGCACCUGAUCUGUUACUGUACAAAUCCAUGGCAACGUGGAAUCUGUUUGUUUUACACGAUGAAAAAGAAAAAUUUUGUUGAAGGUAAUGUCUUCUGUGCAUCUCUCUUCCAAUAGAUCAUAAGAAAGUGCUCAAAAUGCAGGCAUAAUUCAGCUUAUCAUAUAAAAACCAAAUAUGAAAAUAUUGAAAUUGGGCCAGCAGUGUAUAUUUGAUGUGAUGUUUGAGAAUUGUUCCUCUUCUUCAGUCUGACAGCUUGCCAAGACCACAUGGAUUUACAAAAGGUUUGAAACUAGAAGCUGUGAAUCCCAGUGAUCCUUCUUCCAUCUGUGCUGCUACAGUUACCAAAAUUCCUAGCGAGUUCUUCUUCCAGGUGGAGAUUGACAGCAUGAUCACAUGUAGUGACAGCAACCGACCUGCCAUGUGGUGUACCUCAAAUUCUAGGAAUAUCUUCCCUGUAGGGUGGUGUGCGCAGAACAACAUUCAACUUACCCCACCCCCAGGUAUGGAAUUUUUUAACACUGCACAUUUGAUAUCAAUGUUCAUUUUUGCAGUUAGAACAUUUGUGGUUAUGUCACUUAAUCCUUUACACCCUAACAUCAGGUUAUAUAUUCUCCAUACUGUUCUCUAUACAUUUCCUAAGGUGCUGACAAGGAGAAUUUGUUUAACAAUCAAGAGCUUCUUUAGUAACAUAGGCAAUCAUUACCUUUAUUGUCAUUACUUUAAUGUGUGAUUCAGGGGUGAUAUUGUAAGGAGAAAUUAGAUGCUGUCAAAGGGUUAAAUUGGUAUUGAACUGUUCACCGAAUGUAGAAAGGAAGUUGUUUGGAAUCACUUCUUACGAGCUCUUCAGAAAAAAAUUACUUUGUGUCCUUGAUCGUGAUUACAACUCAUGAUGCGUCUUGCUACCAUCUGAAUGUUCUUUCAACUGAGCCACAGAAAAUGUAUUGCAAUUUAGGCAAAAUUCAGGGUAUAAAUUGUUCUUUCAACAUUGCGCAGGGUGAAUGAGUGGCAAAAAGUCAAGUUCAGAAAAAUGUUUCCUACCCUUGAGAUCAAGUUUGUUGGUUUGUGUUUGAUGCAUCUUGAAUUCUGCCAGAUCAGAAAUGUCGUGAAUUGUCUGUGGGCUCAUACAGCAUUCAUGAUAAUGCUGUUUUAUGCUUUCAAUGGAUUUUACAGGGGGAUGGUAUACAGCGCCAUAACCGGUGGCGGCUAAGUGAAAAAAGCGGGGGAGGGCUGGGUCUGGUCGACCCAAACUCUUUCCCUUUUUCAUCCGCCAUUACAAUAGCGCCGUUUACUAUUUUGCAUCCAGUGAACGCCUCUGAAAGCCUGGAAUGGACUAUUUUUCUUACAAAAUGAUUUGGUUUGAUCAACUGAGUUGAUAAUAUAGACUGGCCACCGUAAGGAAUGUUUAAAGCUGACGCUUCAGCCUAAGCCCUCUAUCAAGGCGAGUAACGAUGGACUAACGCUCGAAACGUCGGCCUUAUAAAUUCUUUCCGGUGACCAAUCUAUAUUAUCAACUCAAUUGAUGAAACCAAAUGAUCUGUUUAUUCUUCUCCACCGACGCGGCACCACAGUUUCUGUAGAACACCCUUUAACUUUUCUUACAAUUGUUAGUAUGUGCGUUUACAACGUUCCGCCCUAGUUUUCUUUGUGUAAACUUGUGAACGUCUUUAUAUUUUUCACUUUAUCUUAUGUUUUGUAAUUGUAUUUUCUCGGCAGGAUAUCUUGUUCAUCCCUUCAACUGGCAGACAUACCUUGAACUUACAAACUCGACUGCAGCAGCAGACUCUCUGUUUACUUUGGUAAUGCUCUUAACUUAUAAACAACUGUGAUUGACAAAAUAACUGAUAAAAUUGUGAACCCAACAGGUGUGUUGAGUAUUGAUACAAUAUUGGUUUUGCUCGUGCAUUUGAUUUUGGGGAAAGAAUUAACGUUUAUCAUGCGAGAAAGCAUCUCACAUAUAUCACUAUAAGCUAGAAAUAGUAUUUGGUAAGGCGCAUCUUUCUCGUGCAUCUUUUUCCGUAAGGUGAAGCUUGACUUGAUGAAGAAUCUAACUUGAGUUAUUUAUCCACUGUAGGCAGUUCCACCUCAUGAGUUUGAUAUCGGAAUGAAGCUCGAAGCAGUCGAUCAAACAGAUCCCAGCACCAUAACAGUAGCUUCGGUCUCACAAGUGGUCGGACGCACCAUGUGGGUGUUACUUGAUGGAUACAAGAAUGACUCUGUGGAACAUAUCUACGAUGUGGAAUCAUUGGAUCUUUUUCCAGUUGGAUGGUGUAGCAUGAACGGGCACCCGCUCGUUACACCGAGAAUACAGCGUAAGAAAUUUUGGCUGAUAAACUGUGACGUUACAGCAGUAUUUGUUCGAUCAUGAGAAACGAUAACUGAGUGAUCUUCCUGAAAAUGUCGUAAGGGUACAAAGUCUUAUUCCAAAGGGCGGAUAAUGCUAUUCAACGGAUAAAUCACUAUCCAGCUGAUAAUUGUUGACAGAACAUACUGCAGGUUGUACUCAAUAGCGAUUUAUCCAGUGGAUAGAGUUAUCGACUCUUUUAACAACCGGGGCCAGAUGUAUACUUGACUGUGUCUCUUUUGUCAUCUUUGCUCAGGUCCUCCCGAGGAAAACAGGCGUCUUGCUUCGCUAAGGUAUUUUAGAAAUCGUUAUUACGUAUUGGAUGUGAGCUGGUGGUCGAUAUGAUAAAAGUGGACACAUUUUCCAGUGAACUAUUCAUAUUGUGAUGAUGUUGGCAUGCGAGAGCAGUGAAUUUACUCUCAUAAACAACAUCUCAGUAUGACUUCUCCUCACCGUCUGCCUUAUAUUUCUCACUAGUUUUGUUCUGAGAAUGUGCUGAUAGAUCAAGCAAAAUUCUUCAUUUGAUAGUUUUCUUUCUUCUCCUUACCUUUUUGCGCAACUAUGUAUUGAUAUUGUGAGGAGAAAUUACCUAUUAAUCAUGAGUUAAUCUCUUGCAGAACCACAAGACAAAGAGAAAGUAACAAAAAAGUGACAGAUACAAGCGCAGCCAACAUCACCAAUAUCUCAACAACUAGAACUUAUGAAACGAGUACUACAAAUUCUACAACUACGCCUCUAAAUUCUGUAAACGUUACACCUGUCACAGAUGGAAACAACGUGACAAGCGUGAUCCAGCGUGACACAAAUCACCAGCAGAGCGUUAACAUGACAUCCAUAAACACUGAAAACGAAGUCAAAAUGGAGUCCAAUUCUCACACAGAAAAAACGGAGUCUUGUUCUCUCGAAGAGGUGAACACAAAGUCACAAGAGAAACAGUCACCCAUAUCUUCUAAGGGUAAAUAUGAUUUGAGGCCCUCGACACUUGUCCCGCGGGAUUACGGUGAAGAGGAAGAGGAGGAAAGUGCGGAAAAGAAGAAAGUUGAAGCUGUGAUUGAUCUGACAGAAGACGACGAGGUUGAGGUGGAGAGAAAGGAAAGUAAGCCUGUUGAGACCAAACCAGGUCUACCUUCGAAGGAUGAUUCAGGUAUGCGUUCAUGACGGCUUUGUCAUUCUUUAAGUAUAAUGUUGAGCCGCACUUUAUGACUUGUUUUGUGACUUUUUUAUUACAAUCUACAUUAUUACAACCUACAAUCGGGAACAAAAUGUGAUCUUUUCAACCCCCUGUUACUACAAUUUUAUCUCUCUUACCGUAUUUAAGUUAACCUACUUGCCCCCUCCCCUUCCCCCCAUAAAAGAAACAGAACAAAGCGAAGCAAAACAAACAAAAAACAAUGUUGAACUUUUAACUAAAUACAGGCAACAUUGAAUGGUAGAAGGGGGGGGGUCUCAUUAAUUAAGAAUGUGGUAAAAACAGGAGUGUUAUUCUAGACAGAUAGGACUCUUCAAACAUAAUGUGUCAACUAAUUUUGAUACUGAAUGUAGUCUCCUAGGUAGCCGCUGUUCUGUCACGGCACACACCACCUUCUGUCCUCCUUGCGUGAAGGGACCAAAUAACGGCUACGAAGGAGACUUUAAAUCGUCCUUCCCCUUGCUCACGAAAAGAUGAAAAACAUCUUUCUGUGUUUUAUUAUCGUCCUAUUCUAUUUCUUCACACGACGCUUUUGAAAAUGCUGAUCUUAGGAGUGUAUUAAACGCGUGUCACGUAUCUCAGCCGCCAUAGAGACUUUUUGUGGUUCAGUGGAAGAAAAUCGGAGUGCAGAUUUCGAAGAUCUGAGUCUCCAUUCGUUAUAAAGAGUUAGAAUUUUUUCUUAAUUUCACGCUUGUGGCAAGACGAGAAGAAAAUCUUUCUACAUGGUAGACUCUAUGUUGAUCUUUCUUCAAAAAUUUGCUUUUGUUUUCCUUUAUAGGGAUUUGUAUUUAUGUCAAAAAAUCCUGUGAACCGGGCCCGUUUCUUAAGCAAGCUAAAGUAGCAAGUCUUCCUGCUGUCAUUGGUCCAGCGGGUCCCAAUAUUGUCUUAAGACAACUUGUUGAGCAAAUUGUUCUCAGCGCUCAUUCGUCGAAACAAGUUCUGAAGCUGCUUGCUUCUGAGACUGAUAAAAUGACUAUUGCUUCAAUUUUGAAGGUACUGUGUUCUUUUCUGUAGGGUUUUUGAGCUUAGGUAGAUUCGAGAGCACGAAGAGCAUAGAUAAAGAAGCUGAAGGCAGUCGUCUUAGUUGACAGUCACCAUGGUUUAUUUUCUGAAAUAUCCCUUAGAUUAUUUUCACAGUCCUUGUCAUGUUUGCUCGACUUCCAACGUGGGUAUCCAGUGGUUUGUGACGUCAGACACCUAUUACUAAGCAACACCGCUGUGUGACAGGUGGACUCAGUCAAUUACAGAAUCAUAUCGCUUCUCCGCCUUUAUCUUUACGAGCUUGAUGUUUGUUAUUUUCUAUUGCAGACGUUAAAAAACAAACUCUCUUUGUGCGAGAAUCUCAUCAGUUUGAAUAAAGUCGCACUGUGUGCGCACUGUGAUGCUCAGAAAGGUUAGAAUUAUGCAUCGAUAAUUCGAAGCUUUAACAUCAUUCUCCGGGUAAAAUUGUGUUCUAAUACCCCGUUCAAAAGCCGGAAUUGAUCGUCAAUUUUUUGUAAAAGGUAACAUUAGGGUGGGUUAAGUAAAGGUUAAGAAAAAUGUUCUCAGACAACUGCUACUUGUACUCCAAAUCAAAGUCAACUUGGUUUAAAGCCCAGGUCGGAAGGAGUCAAGUCAUUUGGUUGUGUACAAGCGUGGUCGGGGAAAAUUGAACACGGGACCACCAAGGGAACUGCUGAGGAAUAGGUUCGCUUUUUGUCGUAGCGGGACUCGAACUCGGGACUUCGGGAUUCCGAAUUCAGUGACUUUAUCAAUCGACCACACCACCUUUCGGGUUAAUAUCAUUUUUCCCGUAUCUUAAUCAUAUCAGAUACGUGAAAGUUUUGUCUGACCCCAAAUUUUGACUGUCUUUUCACUUGAACUUUUAAACUUAUGUUUUAAUUUUUGUUCUGUUUCAGUUCCUCUUUCUCCACCCGCUUCAUCUCUCCGCAAAAAUUACGAAUCGCCGACAACACCAAGUCCAGCGACGUCACCCUUGAACGACACACCAUCCCCAAUAAGAAAAGCCGCCCCUAAAGUAGAUAGCCACCUGGUGGGUUAUCCCGCGGGUAAUCCUGCGGGUCAACCCGCAAAGUCCCUUCCCGUUCUAAAGAUUGCCCUCCCUAAAGCAAAGAAUAUCCCGAAAGCUACACCUUUUGUAAAGAAUCUCCCUCCAGAGCCCCCCAGACCCGAAUCCUCGGGAUCACCGAGCAUUUCGGGUUCGCGUUCAUCAAAACACGUAUCUCAAUGGAGCGUUCAAGAUGUAAUGGAUUUCAUAAGAACAACUGACUGUUUUAAGUUUGCAGACGAGUUUCAGAGACAGGUAACAGCGAGGUUUUAUUACUAUUGUUAAUCAGAUGGCAAGAAGUCUCUUUUUAUGAGGGAUUCACUCAAGUCUGAGGUCGAUUUUCGUGUUAAAAUAUCGAGGUCAACAUUUAUUGACUGUAUGUUACCUGAUUAGUGCCUUUUAGUUCCCAAUAUUUUGUAAAUAAUUCUGAGAUGGUAGAAUUUAUUUUCCUACAUGAAAUUUAUCGGGAGGAGGUCGAAGAGUGUAAAGGGAGGAAGUAAAGAAUAUUGGGAUCAAUAUCAGUAUCUAGGCAACUGCCCACCUACCCCUCCCCUAACCCACCAUCGUAUCCAUCUAUUUUAACAGCUCACUACCGAGUUCCGAUGACGUUACAUAUCCUCCAGUGAGUUGGGGGGGGGGGGGAAUCCGGUAAAUUUUCCCACCCCUCCCUCCCUUUCCCCCCUCUUCCUCACGCUAUAAAUAACGACAAGUCCUUGAUUAGAAGUUACAUGUUGAUAAAAACUUCAGGCAGUAUAUAGAUGAACAAAAUUAUUUUACUUUCUCCACAUCGCAGGAAAUCGACGGUCGAGCUUUAACUUUACUAUCCUUAGACGAGAUUCACAAGUGUCUGGGAGUAACUCUUGGACCCGCCAUUAAACUUCACUUUACUGUACAGAAACUGAAAAAGAAACCUCGAUAACACAGGCUGUUACAUUUCAUUCCAACGACGCAUUCUAUGAUUUGGGCCUCCAGUCCUGAGAAUGAGGUUGCGGAAGGUCCGUUUAUCGUGUGUGUUUUAUGAAGCUUUGUUGUCUUCAAACUCCUCGAUAACUUUCUUAUCGGUUUCAAGCCGGGUCUGAAUGGCGUAUUUGCCUCUGCAUUGCGUCCCUUACUUAAGGAAACGUUCCUCAUCGGAAAAAAAUUCUCUAUUGCAGGGAAAUCUAAUCUGGUACGGUGGAUACUGGGAACGUACGUAAGCCCACCAUUCACCGCUUAAAUUUUGAAGACAGCGGUCUUCAUUAUUAAGUCUACAAUUCCUCUACUACGUACUAUUGGUUACUGUUUACGAAGACUAUUUUUUUACAAGUACUAUUUGUUGAGAAGUGCGGUAAUGAUAGGCUUAAAGACUGGAGUGUAAACUCGCCUCAAGUCUUCUCGCUGCAUCUCUCAACUGACUGCACGUUUGCAGAGCUCAGAAUCGUUUCGACUUCAUAUCAGCAGGGUACUAACAAGUGAACGUGCAAGUAUGAAAAUAUCUCGAUCUGUGCUGUGAUUUCAAGAUUUCGUAGUGUCUUGGUUUUAGAUAUCAUCCAAGAUCACGUGCAGAGACCUUAAAUGUAGUUGUAGCA